GAAGACUCAUUCUUUCCUCAUAUCUGCAAAUUCAAGAGAAUUGGUGUCCUCUUCCACCGUUUGCACAAGUCUGUGCAGAGAAGGAAACACCAUGGAACUUUGGACUCUGAUGCAGCUGCUGCUCCUGGGGACACAGCUGGGUGCAGGUCAGGGACAAGGAGAUGAACUCAGCUCCGAAGAAGAACGAAAAGCUCUGAUGCUCAAGCAUUUGCAAGAAGUCUUGGAGUUGUCCGAAAUGACUGACCAGGAGGUUGCCCAGGAGGUGGUAUUGACCGAAGUGAAGGAACCAGAUGGCAAGGAGAAGCUGGAUGAAGAGACCAAGAAGGAAGAAGUUGAAGAACAGGUUGUGCAGCCCACCCAGCCAGGGCUAGCAUCUACAGCAGCCCCAUCGGAGGAAGAGGAUAGUUUCACUUAUGUGUUAUCACGACUGAACAGUCUUGAGGCAGCGGUCCACCGUCUCAACGUGCAAUUCUAUCACAUGGAUGUGCGAGUGUCACAGUUCUCCCAAGAUCUGGCCGAAUUGAAGGGGGGCCUGGCUCAGACUAGUGAGUCACUGGCCUCUCUUAACGAAGUUGCCACACACAAUCAGAAAGAACUUGGACGCAUUGAUGGUUGCUUGAGGGGCCGGCGCACACAAACUAAAUGCUUCCUGAUCUUCAAGCAUUUUGAGACCUACGACAUAGCCCAAAAACUUUGUGAAGCCAGAGGAGGGCAUUUGGCUAUGCCAGCAGAUGAUACUGAGCUGACUGUCCUGCGCCGCUAUCUUUAUGAUGCUUUUCAGCCCUACAACUGGCCAUCCUGGGUGGGCAUCCAUGACCGGCGUUCUGAAGGGUUGUGGCUUUUUGAGAACGGCCAACGCGUCUCCGUCUUUGAUUGGUACCGAGACCAUCUGGUGACUCAACCCAACGGUGGUACCCGUGAGAACUGUGUCUCCCUCAGCUCGGAUGAUGGGAAAUGGUGGGACAAUGAUUGUGAAAGGCGCAUGUAUUAUAUCUGUGAAUAUCGCCUCUAAUGUUGUAUCCUUUUUCAAUGCUCAGUUCCUGGUGGGUUUGGUUGCAUUGGUGCCCUUUCACUACUAGCCUAACGGGUGCAGUGACAGCUAAAAGUUCUGGACAUUCCACCCCUCUCCAAUUUUAUACAUGGAUCCAUUUGCUUCUUCACCUGCCAUACCCCCAGUCUAAUACUCUUCAAAUAUAAGGAAUGGCAGCUUCCUGGUAUUUUUGUCAGGAUGAAUUUUGCUGCACUAGGCAAGUUUCAGUCCCAAACAGACAAGCAUUUCACACAGAAAGCAGCUGCACCCUAGAGUGCAGAGAAAAUGGGAUUAUUAUCAUUUUGGAUUCUUUUAUUAAAGUAGGUAUCAUGUUCAAUGUCUAAAAGGGUUAACCCGUGUUUUGCUUUGAAAGUCUCUUGAAAAAAACUAAAAAGGACACUUAGAGCCCAUCCUUCUUUGGUGACAUUCCUGAAUCACUGGCACACACCCUGCAGGCCAUGAAAGAUACUUUUUUUUGAAUGCUGGGCUCCUGCUGAUGGUAGUGAUGGGGAAUCACUUAUUUAGCCCUAAGUAAAAGGAAAAGAUAAAGUGCCUCUUGCUUCUUCUUUAGUGCAUAGUAAAUCUGCAGUACCAAUUGAGUUGGAAAUCAGUAUUUGUUACAUGCCAAAGCCAGGAAAAAAGCCUAGAGUUCACAUCUGUACUGAAAAAUCCUCUUUUUACAAUACUGUGUUCACUGAUAACAUGGAGAUAACAAAGUCCAUUCAUCAUUGAACCUCUUCAGGGACGGUGGAACUCACACUAAUUUGGGAUCAUUGUCUUGUGAAGUUUUAGCCCUUUGUCCUUACCCGAGUUAACUGAUCCAGGCACUUAAUAUUAGCAUUGGAAGAAAGUGACCUUCUUGUGUCUUUGGAGAGCUUCUUUCCUAC